AUGUGUGGUUACUACAGUACAUUUUUACAGGAUUAGACGACAAUUCGUUUCUUAAUCGGAAUUCACAUCGUGUUUUUUCUGCCGUGGGUAGUGUGGAUAAGGUUAUUCAUAUUGGACUCAGUUGCUUUAGGGUUAUCUGACAAAGACCUUAAUCUGGUUCCCUUUUACUCUAGGAGCAUGUUGAUCCCAUAAGUUUCUUUUUUUCCAACUCCAAAAGGCUCCGAUUUGCUCAAUGAGAACGGAGGGUCAGAGUACAGAUAUAUUGGAGAAUACGAGCAAUGUACAUAAUAAAUUGGCUCAUCCAAUGAUUCAUUCUUUUUUCUCUGGAUUCCAGGAAAAGGUCCAAGAAUGUGUUAAGUCAAAUUUCAAAAGACUGAAAAUGGGUCAUGAUACAUCAAUCUCUUCAAUCAUGAGAGGUAAUAACAGAGGAGCAUCUGCAGUCAUAGAUGUGGACAAAGAGAAGCAAUUACAAUCUUGGAAAGAAAAUCCAAGAUGGGUUGAUCAACCCCCAGAUAUAAAGGUAAGUGUACCCAAAGGUUCUCUCUGCAACCUAAGUGUGAAAGUUAAUGUUGGACUGCCCCCCGAAACUGUGUAUGACAUUGUAACUGAUCCUGAAAAUAAAAGAGUCUUCAAGAAUAUCAAGGAAGUAGUAUCAAGGAAGGUGCUGGUUGAUGAAGGUUUAAGACAAGUGGUGGAAUUAGAGCAAGCCGCAAUAUGGAGAUUUCUUUGGUGGUCAGGAACUAUAGCUGUUCAUGUAUUAGUGGACCAGAACAGAGAAAACCACACAAUGAACUUCAAGCAAGUGAAAACUGGAUUCAUGAAAAGAUUUGAAGGUAGCUGGAGAGUGGAACCCCUGCUUGUUGAUAAAGAUCUUUGUCAUCCGUUCAGACCUAAUACAUUAGCGGAUUACAUUUCGUACACUAAAGGAAAAGGAAGGAUUGGAUCAACGGUUAGCUUGGAGCAACUCAUUCAACCAGCUAUUGUACCUCCUCCACCCAUUUCCUGGUAUCUUAGAGGAAUAACUACCAAGACAACUGAGAUGAUUAUAACAGACUUGCUUGCUGAAGCAGCUAGAAUAAGAGGAUCUUCCAACAAUGAUGGUUACCAAGGUUUGAAGGUAAAUGAGGAAUCUUCUGUUGAAUCCCAAGUAGGUGAUAUUCGUGAUAUAAAAGAAAGGUGGGCAUUGAGAAGGAGAAUGGCAAGGCAUCGUCAGAGAAGAUUGUCUUCGAUUGCCAAGUCAUCAUAAUCUCUAUUCUAGCAGUGUAACUGUGUAAAGCGCAUUCUUUAUCGUAGCAUAGCUGAGAGGUUUACUCUAGCAAAGUAUGCUUGGUGUAGCAAAUUAUAGAAUAAUGUAUAUCCGAGUGUCUAUUCUGAUUUAUUGCAAUAUAAUGGACUGAGAAAUUGUUGUCUUCA